AUGGAGUGCGACAAAGACGAGGAGAUCGGGUUCUCGACUGUGGUUGAGAUGCACGGGGCGGGCACUUUCAGCGUCGUCGUCAUGCUCGUCAUCGCGGAGACGUCGUUUGACUUAUUCAUGCCAAUCCAAACAUCGGACUGGAGGUCUAACUAUACCAUCUUCCCGCUCAGCUCCAGAACGACUUUCAACGUUGUAUGUAAUACGACAACUCUACUGAGACUCCAUUUUCAUUUCUUCACAAAAACAUCUUUCCUAGUGUACGACAACCGAACGUACAGAGAGUCAGAUAUUAUGGAGAUAGAGAUUGAGAGAAGACAAUCAUUUUUUAUCAGCAAAUGUUCAAGAACUCAACUAACUGACGGGUCAAAUGUGAUAAGCACAUGUGCUGAUUGUGCUAUAGCCUUCCUAAGCUCGGACAACCCCGUGGGUGUCGUCAAGGGAAGCUGCAGGUUCAAAACCCUUCUGGUCGGUUGCGAUUAUAAAGUUCAAAGUGGGAGCAAAAGUGGUAGCGUCGUGGCAGCUAUGGUGGCGCCACUCUGGGUCCAGGCCUCGUUCAUCACACUGGACACCAUGCACGAUAUCCUCAGGGGGGAGUACGUCGCCGUUGGCCUUGUGGGGUCGAAGGUCACUGUACAUUCCCGGGCAGGCAAACUCUUGCAGGACCUGGUCUUUGAUGCCACUUCGAGUUUCCUGGGAUUCAGGAUCAACCCAACAGAAUGCAACGGUCCCUGCCUGAUACGUUCGACCAGCAUGAGCACCCAGGUGUUCUUCUACCUGCACAGACUGUGUGACCGUACCACGCCGAUGGACGGUCCCCCUGGUCCCUCCGUCUGCCAACUGGUGCCAAUCGCAAUGUUCUUAAGUCACUACCUCAUCCUAUAUGUUUAUCACGUGCUGAUUUUGUCCAAUGGCAGAGUUCCUGAUGACGAGGAGAAAGUAAGAACCAGUUUUAUGAUCAUCAUAGUUCGAUCAGAGGAGGUCCAAACCUUGCUUGUAAACUCAGGGCUACUAGAUGGGAAGAUGAAGCGGCCCUGGUACUACGCAUCAUGUGACCGAACCUGGGCCAUAGGUCACGUGGCCGUGACCAUGCACAUUCAAGAGGUCAAGGGCUUCCUGUCGUUCGGCUGUUACGUGUACGGCGUCUCACGGUACGGGAUGUACGUGAACCCAGCUCAAGGUAGCGGGGACAGGCGAACUGAAUGUGAUGACCGUUCUGUCGACAUCAUGUGUAACCAGAAGCCUGCAAACAAUACUGUUGACCUGCUGCCAGAGGCGAAGACCGUUAACCCUGAGUUCCUCUGCUCUGGCACCGACAUGUGUAAUGAGACUACCAGCCUUCAGGUGGUCUUCAAACGACCUCUCUCCUUUCUCUCCGUCCACGUGGUUUUUCAAAACAAGGAAGCCGACUACGAGGUCGCCCUGUACUACGUCCGCGCCGCUGGGCUGAAGGACAGGAAGUGCCCCAACCAGCGCGCGUACGUCAUAGACGUCAGGGAGAUCGCCAUAGAGUGUGAGCUGCCCAGUCUUGUCGAGGGGUUCGCCGUCACCUUCAACCGUAGUCUCGUCGUCUGCUCGUUGUACGUGAACGGAGGCCGGGACGUCUCGUCCCAUCUGGGGGCGAUUGUCGUUAUCGAGGACACGGUGGACGUCAAGUAUAGCCAGGUGGUGUCCACCAUGCAGGUCAACUUCAACGGAACCUGCACGCAGAUCAGCGAACCUGGCAAGCUCAUCACCGUGGAGAUGAACUUUUACAACGUGAGAAAACUCAACCACAUCACGAUUAUCAUUAACACCGAAGAGACAGUUAAUACCCCCGAGUUCACUGUGAAAGUAUUCAGCACGGAAAACAGUUUGAUCAGAGAGUACAAGUCGAGCAGCGCCACCGACCAGAGAUCGUCCUUGCAUCAACUGUUUCUCGCCAAGUCGUACUCCGUCUCUUCUAUCUACAUCCUAGCGGAAGGUUUCCUGGCCCUCUGUGGCGUGCAAGCUUACGGCGACUGCCCGUCCAAAUUUCACGGCCCCACCUGCACCAACCGAUGUGACCGCAGCUGUGAGACCCGCACCUGUUUUUUUAACGGCUCGUGUAGGACGUGUCUGUUUGAUUCUUGUCCAGAUGAGUAUGGUACCGCCAUGAAAUUGACCGAUUUCCCAACACCCAAUGCCAAAACUGACACUGGUAUCUCUCCUACAUGGCGGAUGAUCGGGCAGUUUCUGGGAUUUUUGCUGUUUGUCACCAUUUUCACUGCAGCGGCUAUCUCGCUAAAGAUGUAUGUUAACGAACUGCCAGAGGGUUAA